ACUCCUCCCUGCCCCUCCCCUCCACCCUCCCAUCCAGCUCAGGUUGCAGCCGCUCGGGGAGCCGCUCACCUUUCGGGAGCAGGGCCAGCACCUCCGAGCCGGGGCAGGGACCCCGACCGGGCGCGGGGCGCGGCGCCCAUCCCCGGGGCCCCAGGACGCGCGGACCUGCUGCCUGGUCCGGCCGAUCAUGAAUAAGAUGAAGAACUUUAAGCGUCGCUUCUCCCUGUCCGUGCCCCGCACUGAGACCAUCGAGGAGUCCCUGACGGAGUUCGCAGAGCAGUUCAACCAGCUCCACAACCGGGACAAUGAGGAUCUGCAGCUUGGUCCUCUUGGCAGAGACGCCCAGCCAGAGUCCAGCACCUUCUCCCCCACCGACGGUGGGGAGGAGCUCAGGCCCCCGUCCCCGGGCAUGCGGUUCCGGCGGCAGAGCCAGCGCCGCUUCUCCAUGGAGGACAUCAGUAAGAGGCUCUCUCUGCCCGCGGACAUCCGCCUGCCCCAGGAAUUCCUGCAGAAGCUGCAGCUGGAGAGCCCGGAGCUGCCCAAACCGCUCAGCCGCAUGUCCCGUCGAGCAUCCCUGUCAGAUAUCGGCUUUGGGAAACUGGAAACAUAUGUGAAACUGGACAAACUGGGGGAGGGCACCUACGCCACGGUCUUCAAAGGGCGCAGCAAGCUGACGGAGAACCUGGUGGCCUUGAAGGAGAUCCGGCUGGAGCACGAGGAGGGGGCGCCCUGCACUGCCAUCCGAGAGGUGUCUCUGCUGAAGAACCUGAAGCACGCCAAUAUUGUCACCCUGCACGACCUCAUUCAUACGGAGCGGUCCCUCACCCUGGUGUUUGAGUACCUGGACAGUGACCUGAAGCAGUAUCUGGACCACUGUGGGAACCUCAUGAGCAUGCACAAUGUCAAGAUCUUCAUGUUCCAGCUGCUGCGGGGCCUCGCCUACUGCCACCGCCGCAAGAUCCUGCACCGGGACCUGAAACCCCAGAACCUGCUCAUCAAUGAGCGGGGGGAGCUGAAGCUGGCGGACUUCGGACUGGCCCGGGCUAAGUCAGUGCCCACGAAGACCUACUCCAACGAGGUGGUGACCCUGUGGUACAGGCCCCCCGACGUGCUGCUGGGGUCCACCGAGUACUCCACCCCCAUUGACAUGUGGGGCGUGGGCUGCAUUCACUACGAGAUGGCCACGGGCAGGCCCCUCUUCCCCGGCUCCACGGUGAAGGAGGAGCUGCACCUCAUCUUUCGACUCCUCGGGACCCCUACAGAAGAGACGUGGCCUGGAGUGACGGGCCAGUCUGAGUUCCGUGCCUACAACUUCCCCCGGUACCUCCCCCAACCGCUCAUCAGCCACGUUCCCAGGUUGGACUCCGAAGGCAUCAACCUCCUGACCAGCCUUCUCCUGUAUGAAUCGAAGAGCCGCAUAUCAGCAGAGGCAGCCCUGAACCACCCCUACUUCCGGUCCCUGGGGGAGCGUGUGCACCAGCUCCAAGACACUGCCUCCAUCUUCUCCCUGAAGGAGAUCCAGCUCCAGAAGGACCCAGGCGGCCGGGGCCUGGCCUUCCAGCAGCCAGUUCUGGAGCACGCCCUUCCCUCCGGCCCCGGCUGCCUCACUGCAGUCCCCUCUGUUCUCCAGGACGAGGGAAGAGCCGGCGACAGAGCAUCUUCUGAGCUGCGCCCAGCCCACUGCGGCCGGAGGGAGAGAAGGCACACUGAGCAGCUGCAGGCAGGGUGGCUUAUGCGGCCCUCGGAGGAUGGAGGACGGAGGACGAGGCCAGCCCGGAAGACCUCUGGCAGCCCUGCUGGCCACAGCUGGGUCCUGACCUGCUCCCCGUGUCUCCCCGGUGGCCUCAGCCUGGACACCAACCCCUCCAUCACCUGCCCUGGGAGGGGGUGAGGGGCAAGGAAGGACCUCAGACGCUUUUCCAUCCCAAAGCCCUCGGGCACCAGCGUGGGGCCCAUGGGGCCAGGAGGACCCAGCUGCCGGGCUGAGCACGGUGCCCUGGACAUGCCCCCCCCAGGGCCUGCCUGUCUCACCAGUUUGGUAGAUCCCCUUAUGGGCCUCUCCUUCUCUUCUCCCCUCUGAGAGCAGGAAGCGACAUGGCACCUUUCCCAGGACCCUGGAAUCCUGGGUGCCAGUUUGUGUGCCAAAGCACCUGAGGGGCAGGGGCCCCCAGGGCCACAGGGGAAAUAGUAGGCCUAUCCCCACUCCGUCACCCCACCUGUUCCCAUUCCCCCUCCUGGCCAGAGGCCCUGGAUGCUGCUGGAUGCCCGCCGAGCCCGGCGGCCUGGCACCGCCAGGGGCACUCCUGCGCCUCCGCCGCCCGCCGUCUCCCUGGUCUGAAGGGGUCAGACUGCCUUAAGUUGGAAGGUGGGAGCACGCACUGCCCUUGGAGCUCUGACCCGAGCUCCUACCUGCCCAGCCUUCCCCCAGAGCAGUUCCUGCUUGUCGCACCCGCGUGCUGAUAAGCCAGCCCGGGGCCAGGGUCCUGAGGACAGCACCCAGAUAAGCAGGGUCACCCCGGCAUUGGUGCCAGGCUGGCCUUGGCUCCUUGGGCAUGGCACAGCCUCCCUGCCCUCCUUCCCAGCCCCUGUGGCCCUGUCCUUGCUCCGCCCGAUUAUGGCACCAGCCGCCCCAAAGGGUGGCUGUGAGAAGGCGAGUGUAAAUGCCAGUCCAAGGUAGAGGAAGGUGGGGUGGGCCAGCACAGGGGCUGCAAGUCUGCGGGGCCUGGGCCCCUGGAGAAGGGCCUCCCAGCACCCCUUCCUGGCCUGCCUGCUGUGUCCCCAAGGGCACCUCCACAGGUGGCUGAACCUCGAAUACCGAGGCCAAGGGGAGGCCAGGCCUGACCUUCCCAUACCAGCCCCUGCCCUGCCCCGCCCUCCGCCUGAGGGGCAGCCCUGGAGGGUCUUUGCCUCCUGCAGGGCCCCCCCAUCCCCCACGGUACUGGUACUGUGAACGUCCUGGGACUCAGCACGGAGACCGACGCCAUAUUUAAUUCAUGUACAGAGAGGAGCCGCAGUCUCGCGCUGAAAAGCUGAGUCCGACAGAUUGAUGCCAAAGAUGGAGGCCUUCUGGGCCUCAGGGAUGCGGGUGUGGGUGUGGAUGUGUGUGUGUGUGUGUGUAUAUAUAUAAAGUGGAGAGAGCGUUUGGCUUGUGUGUCUCUCUGCACCCCCGUGGGCUGUAGGAGGACGCCCUGCACCCUCCCGGCCGUAUUCCCAACGCUGCUGUGUUGAGGGCCAGGUUGAUGCCUGUGGGUGCGGAGGAGGCCUGCGUCCAGCCUUGGCCCAGGCCGGUGCCUGAGAGUGUGACCAGCCAGGGAGCCAAGAGGAGGGCUCUGCAGUUCUGGGUGCCGUAGCCAAGCCUGUGCUCCCCCAACCAGAUGGCUCCCUGACUUCUUGGGAGGGAGGAAGGUUCCAGAGGGUUGACGUGGGGAAUGGCCAAGGCGAGGGAAGCAAAAACUAGGGUACACACCUCACGGUGGUUCUGGCCCAGCAGUGCUCACCACCACCGUGGCUCCUCCUGCUGCCCAGUUGCCUCUGACCUUGGGUCUGUGUACAGCCUUUCACACACACCUUCCACAGCUCUCGGCAUCCUGUUCUCUAGGUUUGUUCUCUCCAAGGCCACUGGGAGAAUGUGAGGCCCCUGAGCCACCCCCCCGACCUCCCCUGUCCAGUGGGCUCAGCUCUGGCAGGAACCUUCCAGUGUGCUGGCCUGCUUUCCAGAGGAGGAAGCUGAUGUGGGAGGUGGUGAAACAGAAUUUUUGGACUGGAACCCUGAUUCUUUGUCCACCGGAGUCGAAGAAUGAAUCCACGGACAGAGGGUUGUAUAGUAAAGGUGGAGAUUUAGUGAAGAACAAGUACAGACUCCCACGUGGGGAGAGGGAAAGAGUCCCACAGAAUGGACUCCCGUGUGGGGAGGGGUAAAGGGUCCCACUGAGUUCCUUUUCC